AUGCAGCUGGAGAAACCACCACCAUGGGCACAACAGGAGCAACCAAAACAUGGUGAGCAGGCAAGUUGGCAGGUGAAAGUGAAGCACUCAUCUAAGCCACCAGAAGAACAAGACCCACUUGGACGGUCAGAGAAGAAACUGGAACGCGUAUUUGAUGAUCCCCUCCCUAUUCCUCAUGAAUUUUACCAGCCAGGAGACCUUGUCAUUGGUGAGAUAGUUUCUCAAGUCUACUUCCACUAUAAUGACCUCUCUUUCAUGGAACAGCCAACACAAAUUGUGCUUGAUGAACCUAUUUCAGUGCCAAAGAACUUCCAGCAUAUCCUGGCCUUAGCAUUUGCUGUCAAAGAGAUCAAUGAGAAUCCCAACCUCUUAGCAAAUAUUUCUCUGGGGUUCCACAUCCUCAAUAGCUACUAUGCUGCAAGGAUGACCUAUAAGGCCACACUAAGCCUGCUUUCCACACAAUGUAAGUUUGUCCCCAACUUCAAGUGUGACGACCAGAGCAAUCUGAUAGCUCUCAUUGGAGGAUGUAUCUCUGAAGUUUCUGCCAGUAUGGCCAUCUUUUCAGCGCUCCACAAAACUCCACAGGUCCACCACUUUCUCAGUAACAUCUUAUUUAACAACAGUGCUGGAGACACUGUACACUUUGAUGACAACAGAGUAUUAGUCACAAGCUUUGAUGUUACAAACUGGAUGAUGUUCCCAAAUGGCUCGAUGGCUAGAAUAAAAGUUGGAAAAUUGGAACCUCAGGCUCCUCUAGGCAAGGAGUUAACUAUUCAUGAUGACCAAAUUGUCUGGCAUCCAAGCUUCAGUAAGAGGCUGCCAGUUUCUGUGUGCAAUGACAACUGCUAUCCUGGAUUCAGCAGGAGAAUGAGGGAAGGGGAGAAAUUUUGCUGCUAUGAUUGUGCUCCAUGUCCAGAAGGAAUGAUUUCUCACCAGAAGGAUAUGGAUGCCUGUAUCAGAUGUCCAGAAGACCAAUAUCCCAAUAAGGAUCAAGCUCAAUGCAUUCCCAAGCUUGCAAGUUACCUCUCUUACAAAGACAAUUUAGGGUGUAGCUUAGCUACCUUGGCUAUUUCUUUCUCUUUCAUCACAACUUUAGUAUUUGGAACGUUUCUGAAGCACAAGGAUACUCCCAUAGUCAAAGCCAACAACCGAACCCUCACCUACAUCCUCCUCAUCUCUCUUCUCCUUUGCUUCCUCUGCUCCUUGUUUUUCAUCGGACAGCCUAGAAAGGCAAUCUGCCUUCUCCGACAAAUGUCUUUUGGUGUUAUAUUCUCUGUGGCCCUUUCCAGCAUCUUGGCAAAGACCAUUAUUGUGGUUCUGGCAUUUAUGGCAAGCAAACCAGGAGCCAGGAUGAGACAGUGGGUGGGGAAAAGACUGGCAAAUUGUAUUGUCUUUUCAUGUUCCUUUAUUCAAGCUGGCAUUUGUACUCUUUGGUUAAGUACUUCCCCUCCAUUUCCAGAUGUGGACAUGCACUCACUGAAUAGGGAAAUUGUACUGGAAUGUAAUGAGGGUUCAGCUACUAUGUUUUACUGUGUCUUAGGCUAUAUGGGUUUCCUGGCCUUUGUCAGCUUCAUUGUGGCUUUUGUAGCACGGAAAUUACCUGACAGUUUCAAUGAGGGCAAAUUUAUCACUUUCAGCAUGUUAGUGUUUUGCAGUGUGUGGCUAUCCUUUGUUCCAACCUACCUGAGCAUCAAAGGGAAAUACAUGGUGGCUGUGGAGAUCUUUUCCAUCUUAUCCUCAAGUGCUGGCUUACUGGGCUGCAUUUUCUUCCCUAAAUGCUACAUACUUUUGCGAAGGCCUGAGCUGAACAACAGGGAGCACAUAUUAAGCAGGAAAAUUGAGAGAAUAUCAUUUUUCUUAUAUAUUUCAUAG